AUGGGCUACAUUACUCACUUCACAAAUCACAAAUAUUAUACCUUCCAUUCCCCGUCCGAUUGUCGUCGUCACUCGUCACCGUCGCGUCUCAUUGGCUUUUUCUUCGCUUCACCAGGAUCGAUCUCUCUUCCUGGUUUCGCCUCUCUUCCUGAAUCUCCGUAG